AUGGUGGAGCGCCCACCUCCGAGUGAGGUGGGCGGGUGGCUCGGGACCUCGGCCCGGGCCGGCGUGGAGCGGUGGCGUGUUCGGCUGGCUCUCGUGACGGUAGCCUCCGGGGGCAUCGACACGGCUGUGGCCCGGGCCCUGGUCCAGCAGGAGCUGAAGGUGGUGGGUUGUGCCCGCACUGCGGGCAACAUAGAGGUAAGGCCUGGCCAGGAGCUGGCCACUCAGGGAGGCGGUGCGGGCUACCCCGGGACUCUGAUCCCCUACAGCUGUGACUUGUCAAAUGAAGAGGACAUCCUGUCCAUGUUCUCGGCUCUCUGCUCUCAGCACAAUGCUGUGGACGUCUGCAUCCACAGUGCUGGCUUCGCCCGGCCUGACACCCCGCUCUCAGGCAGCACCAGCGGUUGGAAGGACAUGUUCAAUGUGAAUGUGCUGGCCCUCAGCAUCUGCAUGCGGGAAGCCUGCCGGUCCCUGAGGGAGCGGAAGGUGGAUGACGGGCACGUUGUUAACACCAACAGCAUGUCUGGCCACCGGGUGUUACCCUAGCCUGUGACCCAUUUCUACAGUGCUACCAAGUAUGCCGUCACUGCCCUGACAGAGGGACUGAGGCAAGAGCUUCGGGAGGCCCAGACCCACAUCAGAGCCACGUGCGUCUCUUCAGGACUGGUGGAGACACAAUUCACCUUCAGACUCCAUGACAAGGACCCUGAGAAGGCAGCUGCCACCUAUGACCACAUAAAGUGUCUCAAACCUGAAGAUGUGGCCAAGGCUGUCCUCUAUGUCCUCAGCACCCCCCAAAUAGGCAUCCAGAUGAGCCCCACGCAGCAGGUGACCUAG